UUGGGAGUCAGAUGUGUGUUGAACAGAGAGGAUCAUGGGAGCUGCCGGCGGCUUGGUGCGGACGAACACGAUCGACCUGUGAACCUGAGGGACUCUCUGAACACGGUGUCAUGGAUGACGAGGAUCCGUCUCCUCUGCGGCGUUUCGUCGUGGCGAAGCGUUCGAUCACCUCCAUCUUCGAUCAGUUGCUGGACUUUGUCAAGGAUGGCUCCGCCUUCGUGGACGAGGUGUGGCGAGGAGACGACCUGGGCUCGGUGGCCGUGGAGGAGCAGAGUCUGGAGCUGCAGAGCUGUGAAACCAAACUGAGGACCAUCAGAGAGGUUCUACUGCGGAGACACAUGAAGGUGGCCUUCUUCGGCAGGACGAGUAACGGGAAGAGUACGGUGAUCAACGCCAUGCUGAGAGACCGCGUGUUGCCGAGCGGCAUCGGCCACACCACCAACUGUUUCCUGAGGGUCGAAGGGACCGACGGAGACGAAGCUUACCUCACCACCGAGGCGUCCAAUGAGAGGAGGAGUGUCAGCACGGUGAACCAGCUGGCCCACGCGCUCCACAUGGACCCCACCCUGGACUCUGGCUGUCUGGUCAAGGUGAUGUGGCCUAAAAGUCGCUGUGCUCUGCUGAGAGACGACCUGGUGCUGAUGGACAGCCCCGGCACAGAUGUGACUCUGGAGUUGGACAGCUGGAUUGAUAAGUUCUGUCUGGACGCCGACGUCUUCGUUCUGGUGGGAAACGCCGAGUCAACGCUGAUGAACACGGAGAAACUAUUCUUCCACAAAGUCAGCGAGAGAAUCUCCAAACCCAACAUCUUCAUCCUCCACAACAGAUGGGACGCUUCCGUGAGCGAGCCCGAAUACAUCGAGGAGGUGAGGAAGCAGCACCUGGACCGCUGCGUGAGCUUCCUGUCCGAGGAGCUGAAGGUGGUCGGGCUGGAAGACGCUCCGGGGAGGAUCUUCUUUGUCUCGGCCAAAGAAGUCCUGAACUCCAGGAUGCAGCGAGCGCAGGGCAUGCCUGAGACAGGUGAGACAGGUGGCGCUCUGGCCGAAGGUUUCCACGAGAGACUCAGAGAGUUCCAGAUGUUUGAGAGGACGUUUGAGGAGUUCAUCUCUCAGUCGGCGGUGAAGACCAAGUUCGAGCAGCACACGGUGCGAGCGUGGCAGAUCACCGAGGCCGUCAAAGCCGUGAUGGACGCCAUCAACAUCGCCUCCGCUGACAGGAAGAUCUUGUGUCUGGAGGAGCGAGAGGAGCAGAGGGACCGGCUAGAUUUCGUGCGAGGACAGAUUAUCCGUCUGAGCGACAGCGUCAAAGAGCGGAUCAGGACUCUGACGGAGGAUGUCGCCGCCAAGGUGGCGGUGGUGCUGACUGAUCAGAUCCGAUCACUUCCUGUUCUGGUGGAGGAGUUCAGAGCCGACUUCAGCCCCACACAGGAAACUCUGGAGCUCUACAAAACUAAGCUGCUGCAGCACGUGGAGGAGAGGCUGGUCGGCUGUCUGUCCCACCGCUGCUCCACCAGCGUCCUAUGGGACGUCCGAGACACUCAGAGCCACAUGAUCGACAGCGUCCGUCCCCUGCUGUGUCCGUCCCUCCCCGAGGCGCUCUCCGCUCCCUCUGCGCCCUUCGACCUGACCUUUGACCUCGGCCUCGCCGCCAUCUGCGCAGAUUUCCGUGAGAACAUCGAGUUCCAGUUCUCUCUGGGCUGGACGGCGCUCGUCAGCCGUUUCCUCGGCAACGCCAACGCCAAGCGGGCGCUGAGCAGCGCCGAUGCACGCAGGCAGGAAAGCUCCAGCUUUAAGGACGAGAUGGUGGUUUCCAUAGCAACAGGCCUGGUCUCCGUGACGUCCCGGGCAUCCAUGACGGUGCUAGUGAUUGGAGGAGUGGUGUGGCGCUCCGUGGGCUGGCGUGUCAUAGCUCUCUCCGUGUCUCUGUACGGUUUCCUCUUCCUGUACGAGAAGCUGACGUGGACGGACGCCAGCCGUGAGCGUGCUCUGAAGAAGCAGUUUGUGGCGCACGCCGCAGGGCGCCUGCGGGCCGUCAUCCCCGCGGUCAGCGCCGCCUGCAGCCAGCAGGUGUACAAGGAGCUGUGGUCCACGUUGAGCCGUCUGUCUCAGAGAGUGGACCUGAGCGAGGCCGAGCUGGAGGGGAACAUCCGGACGCUGAGUUUCAGGAUCCAGAGACUGGAGAACAUCCAGCGCCGGUCCAAGGCCUUCAGGAACAGAGCCACGGAGCUGGAGACUCAGCUGGAGGUCUUCUCCGCUCGCUACCUGCAGGGAAACUGACCACGAAGGAGAACGGGGGCGUGGCUAGAAGAGAUACAGCUACUGCCGGGAGAAACGCCACAUUACUCUAAAUCUAAGCUAAUAUAUUAACCCUUGUGUUUCCUCGGGUCAACUUUGACCCGUUUUCAGAGUUUUUAUAUCAGAAAUAUGGGUUUCUUUGAACCAAAAUGCC